AUGAAGGAUGAUUUGCGAGAAGAGGAGCCUGAACUCGAUCGAGCUGAGGCUGAGCUCAGGCGAGCCCAAGUGAAUGAGGAUUUGGGUGAGCCUGAGUGCUAUUACUUUGAGGAGUAUGAGGCUCCAAGGAUGAACCCCUCUGUUGUGGCUGCUCACAAGAGGAUUGGACUUCUCCAAAAGUUCAACAAGUGGCAAGGGAAGGCCAUGAGAAAGAUGCAAAAGUCCAUGGACAAGAUGGUGAGCAAGAUCAAGAGUUUGGAGAAGAAGGUUUCUGGUUCUUCAGCAAGAAGAAGAAGACACCCAUAG